CGUAUUUAAUUUGAUCGAAUACAUUUAAAACUCUCUUUUAAAUGGUCUGAAAAAGCUCUCUUUUAAGACAAUCCAUCAUCUCUUUCUAUCAGUUCCAAGUUCCAACAAAUCUCCGACCAAAAGCAAAAGCUUCCGCAGAACUAGAUUCCUCAAUGGAAGCGUAAAAUCUGAGCCGAAAACUAACUACACACCCACCGUCGAGACAAUGACGUCACCUGCUUCUUCCUCCGCCGCUACCACAAGCGUCCACGUAAGCGCUCUCGACGGCCUCGUCAACGUGAACUCUCUCUUCACCAUCGCCGUCUUCGUAGGUCUCUCCAUAGCCACUCCGGGACAGCACAGCCUCGAGCUCCGGUCCAGCUGCGACGCGAGCGCUGACGUGGCGAAGAAGCUGCUGGUUUUCGAAGUCGUCUCCUUCAGCUUCUUCCUCUUCUCCUCCCUCGUGGCUCAGGGUCUCAAGCUCGCACUGAACCUUCUCAACAGCAAAGACGUGGACGAGAUUUUCAGAGCUCAUAUCAGUAUCAAGGUGCUGAGAUGGGGAAUGAUGGCGUCUGCUGUUGGAUCUGUGAUGGGUUGUUUGUUCUUGAUGCUGUCUAUGGUUAAUGUGAUUCAGAUCCGUUUAGGGUUGCUUUCUUGCGGCAGUGAGUCCUCGGCUCAGGCGGUUGCGACGCUGCUGACGUUGGUUUCGUCUGCUCUGUUGGUUUAUAUCUCUACAGCCAUUUAUGCUUUCUGGCAUUGAAACUGAUUUGAAUCAUCAGCAUUGGAUUAUACAGAGACAAAAUGAUUUUGCUAGUUAUUGGCUUUAUUUUGAUUGGCCAAUGUAAUUUAUCAUUGUCUUUAAAUCUUUUUUUUUUUUUUUUUGUUUUCUGGUUAAAACAGUUUCUCUAUAUUUCUUUGUUUUAUGAACACAAGCGAAGCUGUGUGUAUUUUGUUGUUUUAUUCAGCUGAGGGGUUUAGUGAAAGUAUUGGACUUUAUUUCUCUAACUUUAUGGAUAACAUUAUUGAUAUUAAUGGAGAAAUGAUUGGAAUGUUCUUCCA